AUUCAAGCGUAAACGCAGGCUAAUAUUUAGCAUUAUAAACUAAAAAAAAACAGUUCAUUUCCAAAGCCACAAAUGCUGAGACAAAAUGCUAUUCAAUGUCAGUAAGUCAGGUUGGCACUACUGCUAGAGACUUGUUGGUAGUGGGACGCGAAACAACCAAACUCGAAAAAUAACCCAAGCGGUCUUAAUUGGCUUUACCAAAAAGUUACGGAAUAUUAUGAUUUAACCGGCCUGAGUUCGAGUGACUUAAUUUUAGUUUUCAUAAAAUCUUGUGUAUAAAAAAAUGAACAUCAGAACAUUUUGGCUGAUGGUAUCCAUGGUUUACUGUAUCUCAAAGUGUGUGACAGGGUGCUGCGAUAAUGAAAUUAACACAGUUGCAAACGAAGGGGUGGAAGCACGACUGGAAAAAUCUAAUAGAAUUGGUGUUUCAACGCAAUCAUGGCAGGGGUCACUGACUAUGUACCCCACGGUAGCGACAUGGACCGUUCAAACCAGUAUUCCUAUGUCACCGAAAGAAAGAGCUACAGAAUUAGACCUAGACGAAGACAAUUACGAAGGUCGAGGCAAAAAAGGGGGAAUGAAAAAGAAAAUGAAAAAAUACAUGAUGCCACUUUUGAUAGCUUAUAAACUCAAAUUUUUCACUCUAAUUCCUGUAAUGAUUGGUGGCCUAAUAUUGCUGACUGGUGCUACUGGAUUAGCUGGAUUCUUCUUUGCCCUAUUUGCUGCAGUGAUGGGAUUGAAAUCUGGACAGCAUCAUUGAGCCAUAGAUCAAAAAUACCUAAAAUUUGCUUAUUUUAUGACAAUUUCUGAGUCGUGGACAAACAAAACAAUAUUCAUAAAUGUGACUGAUAGAAACAAUAUUCUUAACUCCCUCAGAUAAUUCUUAUCCUAAUUUUCAGUGCAGAUUUUUUUUUUUAUUUGUUAUUUGUUAUACUAAUUCCAACAGUAAUUAAAAAAAUAUAUGUUAUUUUGCCUAAGUAAGCCUGUGAGUGCCCCCAAAGGCAAAUUCAAGAUUGACUAUAACGGAAAAUAAUUUCCAAUGUUUCAAAUUCAGAACACUUUAUAAUAAGAUUCGUAACGAUAGAUUGUAAAACUUCACAUUGUAGCAGGUGUGUGAUAUAGCGUCAACAACAGCGUUAUAAUCUAAUUAGGAGUCAAAUACCUUUGGGAAAAUUGAAAAAAAUUCUUAUUAAAAAGAGACAGAUCAAUUUAUGUUGAUAUGUAUUUGCAUAUUUUUAUAGUAGGCACAAGACGAAAUUAUUUAUACCAGAUGUGGUUCAAAGAAAUUUUCUGCACUGUCUCCUUCUUUAAUAGUAUGAAACUGUUAUGAGUAAAGAAUUGUUCACAAACAGCAAAUUUUAUUUUAUUUAUUCUAACAUGUUGGUUUCUCUCUGCAUAAAAUUAUUUAUUUUAGAAUAAAAUUUAGAUAUACCCAAUUAUUUAUUUGUACAUAAUUUAAUAGAUAUAUAUUUUUUAAUUUAGGUACUAUUUUGUUUUUCAGCUUAUUUUAAUGUGCAGCUAAUAAUAUUUUCUCACAAUAAUUAAUUGGUCCGAUGAAAGUGUUUGUUUCGAACAUACUUUUUUUAUACCUACCACUCAAGUACUUAUUAGGUUUCAAUAAUUUAAAAUGUAAAUUUCUUUGUCUGUACCACGUAAAAUAUCUUAAGCUUUUUGUGCGUGUUUUUAUUUUAUUUUAUAUUAAUACAAUUUCGAGUAACCAAAGUAGCUUUACUUAUGCUCCGGCACUAUAAGCUCAAAGUCAGGUACUCAAAACUAAAUCACUCUAGACAAAACUUGCAUAAGCCUAAAGUAAUGGCUGAGCUAGCAUAGAACAAUGUAUUGUAUAAAAUAUGGAUCCUUGAGCUGCAUUGCAUAAAAACGGCAAAAGAUAAAAUAAAAGACGAACACGAGAAAAACUUUAACGAAUCUGAAAUAUAUUAAUAAAAUUGAUUUUACCAACCUACGUGCGUCUGUCUAUACUGAAAUUUGCUGCUGUUUCCCAUCAAAUAAAUUCCGGCCGACAAAAAAAUAAAUUACCAACAAUAUUUUCCAUCGGAAGAAAAUCAUUGUUGAACGAAAAUAUACGCAUAAGCUAUUGAAUAUUUACGGUUGACAUUUCUUCUAUGAUUAGCUUGGAUCGGGCAUUAGUUCCGGUCCAAUUACUAUAACUGGUUAAUCAAAGUAAUGUAGGUAAUAAGUAGUUUGGGUUAAGGCUGGAUUCUUGUAACCAAUUUUUUUCUACCACACCUAAACUUCUAAAUUUGGAAUUCAGGAAUUUUGAAUGUUAUCGAUAUUUAUAUAAAAUAAUUAAAUAAAUUUUGAAUGUAAUGGAUUUCCA